AUGGAAGCUUUUCAAGUACUGUUGACAAUCGUUUCGUUUGCUCUGACAACGUCUCGUAGUGCAGCAGCCACCGAUGUGAAUGUGGUUGUAUUUCUGUUUCGACGUGAAUCCAUUUAUGGUGACACUCGUUUACUACCAGCCCUUGAGAUCGCCCGUGAUACCAUCUCACACCGCGUGGAGAGAGGCGAGUACGCCAACUUCACUUUACACUGGGAAUACUCGGCAGAGGGUUGUGGACACGGUGUCCAGUAUGCCGUUAAAGACGCUGCACAGCUGGUCUUCGAGAAAGACGUCGUGGCUUUCUUCGGACCUUCUUGCAGUUCCAGUAUGGAGAGUGUUGCCGACUUUGCGGCUCCUAUGAAUAUUCCAAUUUUUUCGGGAAGUGCUGGGGCAGCAAGUCUUGGCAACAAAAAAAGAUACCAUACACUUACUCAGACUAACAACAAUCCAGGAGCUAUGGUGUCCCUCGUCCAAGACAUUUUUCUGCACAAUGGUUGGGAUUCUUGCGUCUUAUUGCGAAAGGGUCAUCUCUUCUUACGCGCAGGAUCCGCCUUGGAAGACGGUCUCCGUGAAGCUAAUAUAAGACCCUACUCAAUUUACCCGGCAGAGUCGAGUGAAGAAGAAUUUAAAUCUGCCCUGAAGGAAGCAUCUGUGAAUAGCCGAAUUAUUGUGAUUAGUGCAGAUGGUGAUGAUGUUCGUCAGAUCAUGUUAAGUGCUUACGAACUUGGUAUGACAAAUGGUGACUACGUCUUCAUCAGCUACCAUCCCUUCAACAACACCAAGACAUUUGGAGAUGACUCGUGGAACCAGGGUGACGAGAAUGACGCCAAGCUUAAAAUCGCUUACAAAGCGCUGAUGACGAUCCGACUCUUUGAGCCAACAACUGAUGAAUACAUCAAUUUCCAAAAGGAGAUGAACCGUCGGAUGUUGGAGUCGUAUAACUUUACUCCUACAGCUGGGGAUGAGGCCAAUUUCUUUGCUACAUCUUUCCAUGAUGCUUUAAUCUUAUAUUCUCUGGCCAUUAAUGAGACACUUCAUGAGGGAGGAGACAUCCGGGAUGGUCUAGCUUUAAGAGACAAGAUGUGGAAUCGUACAUUUCAAGGUAUUGCCGGUGAAGUGUCUAUCACAGAAAAGGGCGACCGAGUUGCAGUGUAUUCUCUAUGGGAUAUGACAGACACUGAGAACGGUGUGUUCGAGGUGGUUGCUGACUAUUAUGGAGUUUCCAAUACAAUCCAAUGGUAUAAAGAGAUUGUAUGGCAUGGGAGACAUGACGGCAGUGUACCGCCUGACACUCCACCCUGCGGAUUCUACAACGAGAAUCCAGAAUGCCAAGACGAAGCUGAUAACACCUUGGUGAUGGUAUCGUCUAUCCUAGCUGCAUGUGUAGUGAUCGCCUCGGCAUGUGCUAUGCUUUUUGUCUACAGGAAGAUGAAAUUGAAUUCGGAGUUGAUGAACAUGUCUUGGAAAAUCCGUUAUGAGGAUUUGAUUUUCAAUCAUAUUUCCAAAUCGGUAUCAUCGUCGAUUCGAUCCCUGUCAAUGACCGGCUCUAUGUCAGAUGUAAACAACCAACGACAGAUAUUUACCAAAGUCGCCCAGUAUGAGGGUCGAAUGGUUGCUCUUAAACAGAUGAACUCAACCAAGAUAGAUCUGAAUAGAAAAGUACUUCUGGAGUUCCGUAAUUUACGUCGUCUGGAGCAUAGCAAUCUCGUCCGAUUCAUUGGUGCAUGUAUUGAUGGAACUGAUGCAAACAAACAAGUGAUCAUCACAGAGUAUUGCCCCAAAGGAAGUCUUCAGGAUAUUCUGGAAAAUGACGCCUUGAAGUUGGAUUGGGAUUUCAAGAGCUCCCUCCUGAUUGACGUCAUCAAGGGAUUGAGUUUUCUUCAUCACAGUGAGCUUGGUGUUCAUGGUAGAAUGCGCUCAUCUAACUGUGUAGUGGACACCCGUUUUGUUGUCAAACUUACCGACUUUGGACUCCAUGCUUUCAGAGACUCUUCAUCUGAAGACAGUGACGGUCAGACCAAGAUGAAAAAGAUGCUGUGUAAAGCGCCAGAACAACUGAGGAACCCGAACAAACCAUUGACCAAAGAGAGCGACAUUUAUGCUGUUGGCAUCAUCAUGCAGGAGGUAGUGAUGAGGGGGUCGCCCUUUGAAACUGAACGCAAGAACGACCUAGAUGUCAAAGUUAUUUUGGAAAAGCUUGCUGCUAAGUUACCUCAGCCUUUCCGUCCUCACGUCCCAACUGAUGACUGUAGUCCAGAGAUGCAUGUCAUUAUGGGGCAGUGUUGGCAUGAACUCCCAGAGGAACGGCCCUCUGUUGACGAGCUAAUGUCCAGCUUGAAGAAAAUCUGCAAGAAUGUAUCUGGAGGUAUAAUGGACAACCUUUUGUCUCGUAUGGAGUUCUACGCCAGUAACUUGGAAGGUCUUGUGGAGGAGAGAACCUCUGCCUUCUUGGAAGAGAAGAAGAGAGCUGAGACGCUCCUUUAUGAAGUCUUACCAAAGUCUGUUGCCGACCAACUGAAAGUAGGAUCCGCAGUUCAUCCAGAGACAUACGACAACGUGACCAUCUUUUUCAGUGACAUUGUCGGUUUCACUGCACUGUCUUCUAGCAGCACGCCUAUGCAGGUGGUGGCUCUGUUGAAUGACCUAUACACCUGUUUUGAUGGAAUCAUUGGACACUUUGACGUUUACAAGGUUGAAACUAUUGGAGAUGCAUACAUGGUGGUGUCAGGGCUACCCAUCCGCAAUGGAAACAAACAUGCUAAAGAAAUAGCCAAGAUGUCCCUAGCUUUACUGGAAGCUGUGGCGUCAUUCAAGGUCAGGCAUAGACCUGAUCAUAACUUACUCCUGCGGGCUGGUGUACAUUCAGGACCUUGUGUGGCUGGAGUGGUUGGUCUGAAGAUGCCUCGAUACUGUCUGUUUGGUGAUACCGUAAACACAGCGUCUAGAAUGGAGUCUAAUGGAGAAGCUCUCAAGAUUCACAUCAGCAGUUCAACCGAUGAGAUACUGAAUGAAUUCAACGAGUUUGAAAUCCAAUGUCGAGGAGAAAUUGAAAUGAAGGGAAAAGGAAAGCAGACAACUUACUGGUUGCAAGGGGAAAAGUGAUAAAUGUCUGAUCCAGGAAGACCGAUGGAGAGGAAAUGUUGUCUACAUGUUACUACUGACUUUGCACCUAAUAUAAUUAUUAUAAGUUAAUAACAAAUAUUGAUUGCAGUUCUUUGCAGAUUCGUCGCAGAGAGAAACUGAAUGAUAAUUAGGAGUAACAAAUUACACGGUAGGAAUACUUUAAAAUGUGUCAAUUUGCCAUAAAAGUGAUUGACAACUACACUAACACCUUCUAGUCAUUAUGCCUUGUGUUAUCACUUGUUCAAGUUCCAUUAACAGGCACUUUAAAGUUGAAACACUAAUUGUUAACUAAGUUUAAAGACAGUGGACACUAUUGGUAAUUGUCAAAGACCAGUC